AUGUGCAAACUUAAUCUUCGCCUUUAUGCCAUUCCAGCCUGGUGUUUCUUCUUUGGGCUUCUCUUCAGUGACGUCCUCGCUGCUCCCGCAAACAGUCUCAAGUGCGUAACCCACGCUUCGGGGUACUUGACUACUUCGGAACUCAGCUAUGGGAACGACAACAAUACGCCUACUGGUGUUUGGAAACCGUACUCGCUCAACUCAAGGAAGGAACUGGCUUAUUGGAACACGACGGGUCAUGGAACGAUUUGGGCUCAGUUCCAAACGUGUACACCCAACUAUGCGGGUGGAACAAAUAAACCUGUUCCUGGUUUUCCCUCAGAGUCGACGUAUUACGGACGAGUCUAUAUCCCGAACCUGAAUUUGUGUCUUGCCGUGACGAAUCCCGAAAGUCGAGUUGGACCUUAUUAUGCCAAAGCACUCCCUUGUCUUAACAGCGCAACUGGAGAGAUGAAAGGAAAGAAGUCCAUCCCCUACAACUUCUCGUUCAGGACUUUCUCGCAGGAUACCAGUAGGAAGCUCAUCUUCUGGAUCGGGAAAUCUCGAGCGGAUGGAACGAAUCCUCAAGGAGAGUGUGAAGGGAGUGUAUUUGGAUACGAGUGGGAUGAUCAACAUGUUCCUAUCACCACAAGUAGGAACAGAGUCUCGUUGAUUGACGUAGAACCACCGGCAUUGUUUAUGCGUAUGGAAAAGCACCCCUCACAAGGUGCAGGAGGGUCUUCAGAGGCUCACUGGGGAGGAGACCUUCCAGUAGUCAAGGAAACACCGAGGAUGCUACAAAAUACAAAAUAA